GAGGCGCGGGCGGCGCUCUGGUCCGGAGCGAGGCGGCCAGGCGGACGCAGCAUGGACUCGGUCCCCGAGGACUUCGAGCUUAACGGCGAGCUGCACCCGGGCUCGCUCGAUUCCCCGGACGCCCGGCCACCCCGCAGGGGCCCGAACCGGCCCAUCAACAUGAACCAUUAUGCCAACAAGAAGAGUGCAGCCGAGAGCAUGCUGGACAUCGCGCUGCUGAUGGCGAAUGCCUCCCAGCUGAAGGCCGUGGUGGAGCAGGGCCCGAGCUUUGCCUUCUUCUUCCCCCUGGUGGUCCUCAUCUCCAUCUCCCUCCUGCUGCAGAUCUGUGUGGGCGUGCUGCUCAUCUUCCUCGUCAAGUACGACCUCAACAACCCUGCCAAGCACGCCAAGCUGGACUUCCUCAACAACCUGGCCACCGGCCUGGUCUUCGUCAUUGUCGUGAUCAACAUCUUCAUCACCGCCUUUGGCGUCCAGAAGCCCGUGGUGGACGUGGCCUCCCAGCAGUAGGGGCUCAGAUCCCCCCACAUUGUGCCCAGGAGCCUCCUCACCCUUGGGACCUGCUGCCCUGUGGGCAGCUCUCCCCGAAACCACCAGAGCCCAGGCUGACUCCACUGGACCUAGUCCGGGACAAGCCUCACGUGGUUGGGUCACUCUGGCCGGCGUGGGGCCUGUUCUGUCCUUGGCUGCUUCUCCUCCUGGAGCAUGGGGCGGAGAGCCCCUGGAAGGUUCAUGGCCACCACGGACACAUGCAGGCCCGAGGAUGGGCAGCAAGGGGCCGGGGCCACCUCGGUCUCAGGAUGUUUUCAGAGGGACAAGGAGAUGCCGCUCACUCUACCAGCCUCCUGUGUGGCCACUGUGGGUCACCCACAACCUCCGUGCUUCCUGACCCAGGACACUGGACCGCCAGGCCCCCUUGGUCCCCGCAGUGGCCACAGGCCCUGCACAUACUCUCCACCAGCAGUGACUGGGCAGGACCCCAGCUCCUCCUCAGGGGUCCAGGCCCCCACUUUUCUAAGCAUGAACGACCAGUAAAGCUGAUGCUCCUCCUGCGGC